AUGGCGGCGAUGGCGAAUCUGGCGAACACCAUCGAAGCGAAUGCUGCUGCGACUCUGCAAGCUGUGCAGAGGUUAGCCCAACCGGCCGGAAGCGGAAACGAAAAUGGAGAAGGUGCUAAGGAUAGCUUGAGUGGUGUCCCGAGAACUCUAGCUGCUUUUUUGAAAGCUGACCUGCCUGCUUUCAAUGGAUCGACAGCUCCUACCGAAGCAGACAACUGGUUCCAAGCUGUGGAGCGGGUCUUACGAACUCAACAUGUACCAUACGACAAGUUCGUGGAAUAUGCGACUUAUCAACUAGAAGCUUUCUAUAAAAAGUACUUGCAUGAGUCAAUAAGGGAGGCCAGAAAAUUGGAGCUCUUACUGCUGAAACAAGGGUCUAUGACUAUAGCUGAAUACACCAGCAAGUUCGAGGAACUCUGUAGGUUCUCGAGGAUAAGUCAGGGUACUCCUGAGUCUUAUGAGGGAUGGAAAUGCGUUAAAUACGAAGUAGGACUGGGGGAAGAUAUCAGGUGUGUUGUGGCUCCAUUGGAGAUUAGGAGAUUCUCUGAAUUGGUGGACAAGGCGAGGGUUGUCGAAGAAUAUGCAAAGACGGUAGCCUCGUCAAGGGACACUCAUGGAGGAAACACUAAUCAAGGACGUGGUAAUCACCUUGGACCAAGGGGACAGAACUUUAAGAGAAAUGAACACACUCCUCAGCAUCUUCGAGGUCAAGGGGAUUUCAGAAGGAACGACAAUGCUUAG